AUGAGCGGUAGACUCCUCUCGGCGAGGGUCGCGCCUUUGCUGCGCCAGCGGACUCCGGCAGCCGCACGAAAUCUGCAGCAUCAUGUCCUGACGAAAGCCGGUGGCCUGUUAAGGCCAAAUGCACGCUUCCCACCUCGAACAUGGCCUCUUGGAUCGAGUUCUAUACACAAUGUCCCAAUGGUUCGGCAUGCUUCUUUCGUACGCAUCCUUCCCAAACUUGCGCUCAGGAUGGCUCGGCUGCCUGCGAUGUUAGGAGCCAGCAUGCUCGCAGGAUUGGCCUACAUCCAGUAUCAGGCGCAGCAAGCGGGCACUUAUACCAUGAACGUUCUACGGAAGGCUGGAGAGGCUGUGACUGAGACGUCGUCGAGUAUGUUUGAAGGCGCAAAGGACAUCGCCAACCAGAUUGGAGCGGGUUGGGAACGGACCAAAGAGGAUGCACAUCUACCAGCGUGGCUUCAGCAGUUCUUCGCGAAGGGUGAGGGCUCUGGGGAGGGAGGCUCUGGACCGGAACAACCAAAGUCGACGAUUGCUUCUGCGGGAGUUGCGGCAGCGUCCGGGUUGGCGAUCGGAGUUGAGCAGUCUGACGAAGACGAGGACCGUUCGGACGCACAUAUCGCAAAAGAUGAUCAGAUGAUGCUGUUGACGAGGAAGAUGAUCGAGAUUAGAAGCAUCUUGAAUACAAUUGGACAGGGGGGAGCGCUGACCCUACCAUCGAUCGUCGUCAUAGGGUCACAAUCAUCAGGGAAAAGUUCCGUGCUCGAAGCAAUAGUCGGCCACGAAUUCCUCCCGAAAGGCUCAAACAUGGUCACUAGACGCCCAAUUGAACUCACUCUUGUCAAUACGCCAGACGCAAAGUCAGAAUACUGCGAGUUCCCAGCCCUGGGCUUGGGAAAGAUCACGGACUUCUCCCAAGUCCAGAGGACGCUGACAGACCUGAAUCUUGCUGUUCCCACGGAGCAGUGCGUUUCGGAUGAUCCUAUCCAGCUUACAAUUCACUCUCCUAACAUACCAGAUCUAUCUCUGAUCGACUUGCCCGGCUACAUCCAGGUGGUCGGGAAAGACCAGCCCGUCGAAUUGAAGCAGAAGAUCGCCGACCUGUGCGACAAGUACAUCCAGCCGCCGAAUGUCAUCCUGGCCAUCUCCGCCGCCGAUGUAGACUUGGCCAACUCGACUGCUCUGCGGGCUAGUCGAAGAGUUGACCCUCGCGGCGAGAGGACGAUCGGUGUGAUCACGAAAAUGGACUUGGUUGACCCCAUGCGAGGCGUCGAAAUACUCUCGGAUAGGAAAUAUCCUUUACGGCUGGGUUAUGUUGGCGUAGUCUGCAAAAUCCCACACCAGACGUCAGGGCUAUUUUCGCGAACUGGCGCGAAUGUCACAAAUGCUGUUGUCAAGAACGAAAAUGCGUACUUCUCGUCCCAUCCCCUCCAGUUCGGCCCCAAGUCGGAGGUUGCUGUUGGCACUACGACACUACGACACAAGCUCAUGCAUGUCCUCGAACAGACCAUGGCGGCAAGUCUUGCAGGCACUAGAGACGCCAUCGUUCAGGAGCUUGAGGAAGCGACAUACGAGUUCAAAGUACAAUACAACGAUCGGCCACUCAGUGCCGAAUCAUACUUGGCAGAGAGCUUGGACAGCUUCAAGCACUCUUUCAAAGAGUUCAGUGAACAGUUUGGCAGACCUCAGGUGAGGGCUCUGCUGAAGGAGGUCUUAGACCAAAGAGUGAUGGAUCUGCUGGCUAAGCGGUAUUGGAACAAGCCUGUGGAAGACCUGUCACCAAUGCAGCCAGAAGCGGACCCCUUGUCUGAGCUCCCCAAGGCCGACCCAAACUCGCUGUACUGGCAACGCAAAUUGGAUGCUUCCACGUCAGAGUUGACCAAGCUCGGAGUUGGAAGGCUGGCGACGACUGUGGUGGCAGCCGAGCUUCAGAGCCAUAUUGACAAGCUAAUCGCGGCCUCGACUUUCGCCUCGCAUCCCUUCGCACAGCGCUCGAUCGUGGAUGCUUCGUCGAGCAUCUUGAACGAUCGCUUCUACAGCACAAGUGAUCAGGUCGAGAACUGCAUCAAGCCGUUCAAGUUCGAGAUUGAGGUCGAGCCCAAUGAAUGGAGCAAAGGACGGGAGAACGUGGGCCGGGUGCUGAAGAGCGAGCUCAAGGCCUGUGAAACCGCGCAAAGACAGCUUGAAGACAGCAUUGGUAAAAGAAAGCUCAAAGAUGUGAUGGGCUUCAUCGACCGCGUUAGGAAAGGCGACGUUGUUCUUGAGGGAGACGGAACAGGCGGUGCAGGUGGAUUCUCAUCCGCUCUUCUACAGAAAGGCCGAGAAGCCGUCUUCCUGCGCGACAGAGCCGAUAUCAUCAAGAUGCGUUUGCUGGCCGUCAAGUCCAAGCAGUGUGCCAACUCGAAGAACAAAUAUUACUGCCCUGAAGUCUUCCUCGACGUGGUUGCGGACAAGCUGACUUCAACGGCGGUGCUCUUCCUCAACGUGGAACUUCUCUCGGAGUUCUAUUACAAUUUCCCUCGCGAGCUGGACUUGCGGCUCGGUCGACAUCUCGACCAGAGCGAGAUUGAGCGCUUCGCUCGGGAAGAUCCCAAGGUCCGGAGACACCUGGAUGUAAUCAAGCGCAAGGAGAUGCUGGAGCUGGUCCUGGAGAAGAUCGAGAGUCUGAGGCAAUUGGAGGGCCGGGCGAAGAAGGAUCAGGCGAAACCCGUCCAGGCCAAAGAUAGAGGACGGUGGAGUCUGUUUUGA